ACUAAAGUAUGAACUUUUCCUUCUUCUUUGAUAUUCUUAUUUAAAUAUUCCUGUUCAAUUCAAACCCCAGCCGCAUUCUAUUACCAUUUUCUACUCAAAUCCAGACCCACAAAAUUCAAUAUAUAAAUACUUUCCCUCAAAUUUUAAUUAAUUUCCAAAUCACAUAAAAAUGGAUGGAGAAAUAGAAAUACCUGAAUACUUCCUCUGCCCCAUCUCACUUCAAAUCAUGAAAGACCCCGUCACCACCGUCACCGGCAUCACCUUCGACCGCGACAGCAUCGAGCAAUGGCUCGCCACCGCCGCCGCCGUCUGCCCCGUCACCAAGCAGCCGCUGCCGCGGAGCUCCGAUCUCACCCCGAAUCACAUGCUCCGCCGCCUCAUCCAAGCAUGGUGCACCGCAAACGCCAUCGAUCGGAUCCCCACCCCGAAAUCCCCGCUCCAGAGAUCGAUUGUCGUCAAACUGAUCCGCGACGUCAACCGGAGAGGCGCCGAUCCUUCUGCGCAGAUGAAUGCUCUCACCAAAUUGGACGACCUCGCGGCGGAGGACGACGGCGGGAACCGCCGCUGCAUGGCGGAGGCCGGCGUGCCGAAGGCGAUGCUCUCCUUCGUCAUCCGAUCCUUCAAAGGAGGCAGUGAUUUGGGGAUCUCGGAGGCCUUGAGAGUUCUCAAGCUGACGUGGACGCCCGCCGCCGAGAUCAUCGCCGGAGAUAAUCCCGAUCUGAUCCAAUCUGUUAUGUGGAUUUUGAAGAUCGAAAUCGAGGAUUCCGCGAAAUCAAACGCGCUCGUCGCGUUGAAGAAUUUCGCGGAGAUUGCUAGCUCAACCCUAAUUGAGAAGCUCGACCUCGAAUUCUUCGGAGAAAUGGUGAGGAUUUUGAAGGAGAGGAGAUGCGCGCAGGGCGUGAGAGCGGCGCUCCACGUCCUGAUACAGACGUGCUCGUCGGGGCGGAACAGGGCGAUGGUGGUGGCGGCGGGGGCGGUGGCUGAGCUUAUCGAGAUGGAGCUGAGCCACCCGGAGAAGAAGACGACGGAGCUCGUGUUUGGGCUGCUGGCGCAGCUGUGCUCGUGCGCGGACGGGCGGCAGCAGCUGCUCAAGCACGCGGCCGGGAUGGCGGUGGUGGCCAAGAGGCUGCUCAGGAACUCCGCGGCCACGGACGACCGCGCGCUGUGCGUGAUGGAGUCGGUGGCGCGGUUCGCGGCCACGCAGGAGGUGGUGGCGGAGAUGCUGAGGGUUGGGGCGGUGGCGAAGCUGUGCAUGGUGAUGCAGGCGGAUUGCGCCGAUUAUAUGAAGAAGAAAGCUAGGGAGAUUUUGAGGCUGCAUUCCGCUGAUUGGAGUAAUUCUCCUUGUAUACAAGUAUAUCUUCUAACCAGAAACCCUAGAUAGCACCCGUGUUAGAUCGUCUGACGGUUCAAGAUUCGAAUCCAAAUUCAUAUUAUCGAAUUAAUAUUGGUGACAUUAUAAAUACUCCCUCCGUCCCACUUAACAUGACCCCUUCAAUGAAAAUAAAGGGGCCAUGUUAAAUGGGAUGGAGGGAGUAUGUCACUAGAUAUGAGCUUCGAUCGGAAUAUGAAUAUUGUUGGACGGAUCUUAGUUCGUUAGUGUGAUAUACGUUUUUGUCUUCAUUGUUACUUAAUUAUAUAAUAGUGGCUUGAAAUGAAUUUUCAUAUAUCUUUGUUCUUUUCCUUU